UGGGCCUCGCAGUUGGACGCCGGCGGCCCUGGCCCCUGUCCGGCAGUAGCUCGUCAGCCACGACCUGGAGGUGUCGACGACAGGCCUCUGAUUACAACGACACCUCUCGGAUAUUCAUUUCUAUCCAUAUUUCGUCCCUGGUCGGAAUCUGCACAGUGUGCCCAACGCGCUUCAGCAUCCUGCUGCGAGACUGUGCUAGGUGUGUGAGUGCGCGAAAGGAGAGAAGAGGUGCAGGCUGCACCAGUGUGGCGCGCCGGGCACGACGAGCACCUGCUAGUGCGCCAUGAUCAACGGGGACCUGACGGAGCAGCAGCCAGGCAUACAGCCGGGCCUACAGCCGGCCAGCAGGGUCGGCUCGAAGGGCAACGGAGUUAUCCUCAGCCACUUCCGCGACGACCAUCUGCACGAGGAGGAUUUGGUGAUGAAACAAAGUCGAUUCUACAGUCCGAAAUAUGAAGAGACUUUUCGGAGAUCUCUGGAAGACCGGGAGGCAUUCUGGUCAGAGGUGGCAGAGACAGUGUCUUGGACAAAGCGUUGGGAAAAAGUGGUGGACGAUUCAAACCAGCCUUUCACCAAAUGGUUCGUCGGUGGAGAGCUCAACGCGUGCUACAACGCGGUGGACAGGCAUGUGGAGGCGGGGCGCAAGGACAAGGUGGCGCUGAUCCACGCCAGCCCGGUCACCAACACCACGAGGAAGGUCACGUACGGCGAGCUGCAAGACCAGGUGUCGCGGCUGGCUGGGGGGCUGGCGGCGCUGGGCGUGUCGAAGGGGGACCGCGUCCUCAUCUACAUGCCCCUCAUCCCCGAGACCAUCAUCGCCAUGCUGGCCACCGUGCGCCUCGGGGCCGUACACUCUGUCGUGUUCGGAGGUGAGAACACCUGGGAAGUUUUACUUUUCCUCUACUGCCGAUAUUACCCCACUGGUUGGUAA